GAGACGCGUCCGGCCACCGCUCCAUGAUCUCUGUGAGAAAGAUGCUGCAGCAAGCUCUUAGAGUAUCCGGCCGGAGCGCCUUCCCCCUGGUCAAGUGGAUGGAGAGAUGGGCUGAGGGCGCGUCAGCCGGUCCGGAGGGCACCAAGCGGCAGGCAGUGAGGACGCUGGACGACAUGCCAGGACCGUCGGUCGCCAGCUUCGCCUGGGACUUGUUCGCCAAACGGGGGCUGUCACGGCUGCACGAGUUACAGCUGGAUGGAGUGCGGCGGUAUGGCCCCAUGUGGAAGGCUAGCUUUGGCCCCAUCCUGACAGUUCACGUGGCUGAUCCAGCACUCAUCGAGCAGGUACUGAGGCAGGAGGGCCAGCACCCCAUGCGCUCUGACCUUUCCUCCUGGAAGGACUACAGGAAGCUCAGGGGGCACCACUACGGACUCCUGACAUCUGAGGGGGAGGAGUGGCAGGCGGUGAGAAGUCUCCUGGGGAAGCACAUGCUGCGGCCGAAGGCAGUGGAAGCUUAUGAUAAAACCCUGAACAGCGUGGUCAGUGACCUCAUUGCCAAACUUCGCCUCAGCAGACGCCCUCAAGGCCUCGUCACUGAUAUCGCCAGCGAGUUCUAUCGCUUCGGCCUCGAGGGUAUUUCCUCAGUGUUGUUUGAAUCCAGAAUUGGCUGUCUUGAUAAGGUUGUUCCUGAGGAGACAGAGCGUUUCAUCCAGUCUAUCAACACCAUGUUUGUGAUGACGCUUCUUACAAUGGCUAUGCCAAGCUGGUUACACCAGCUUUUCCCUAAACCCUGGAACAUCUUCUGUCAGUGCUGGGACUACAUGUUCGAUUUUGCAAAAGGUCACAUCGACCAGCGCCUGACAGCCGAAGCGGAGAAAGUGGCUCGUGGAGAGAAGGUGGAGGGCCGUUAUCUCACCUACUUCCUGUCCCAGACGGGCCUUCCCAUGAAGACCGUGUACAGCAACGUCACAGAGCUGCUUCUCGCAGGAGUUGACACAAUCUCCAGCACUAUGUCCUGGUCCUUGUAUGAGCUGUCCCGUCACCCUAAGGUGCAGGCCUCACUCCGGGAAGAGGUGUUGACCGUACUGGAGGGUCGAAGGAUGCCGGAGGCAGCAGAUGUGGCUCGAAUGCCUCUCCUGAAAGCCACAGUAAAAGAAGUGCUCAGGUUGUACCCUGUUAUUCCUGCAAAUGCAAGAGUGAUUACAGAAAGAGACAUACAAGUUGGAGGCUACCUAAUCCCUAAAAAUACUCUGAUUACUCUGUGCCACUUCGCAACAUCACGAGAUCCGGCAGUGUUUCCAAAUCCAGAUGAAUUCCAGCCUCAUCGAUGGUUGAACAAGGACCAGACUCAUCACCCGUACGCCUCUGUGCCGUUUGGGGUGGGAAAACGCAGCUGCAUAGGUCGUCGUAUUGCUGAGCUGGAGCUCUAUCUUGCUCUUGCCAGGAUCCUAAUAGAGUUCGAUGUGAAGCCGGACCCAGAAGGGGUUUCUGUGAAGCCCAUGACACGGACGCUUCUAGUUCCUGAAAAUGUCAUUAGCCUAAAGUUUAUCGAACGAUGACCUACUCUCCCGAGCCGAUCAGUUACGUGAACGUGAGUCUCUUGGCAGCAGGGAGCACUAGCAGGCGGAGCUGUCACAGGAACCGUGAGUGUGCUGUAUGCAGUGGAUCGCGUCAGAGCGGACCUUCAACCUUCGACUCAGCAAAGACCAAAGCCCUCCGUACUUGUAACCCUCAUUUGUAAGAGGCUAACAUGUGGAGAAGGACAAAUGAACGAAGGAUGAGGAUUGACAGCUCAUUCACUGAGGCUUUCCACUGGGAGCGUUGUUACUCCAAAUUUAAUAGUGUGUUUUGAACAUAAAUUCACCAUUAAGCACUUAUUUGCACAGAUGCCACGAGCCACCCAGUGAUCUCCAAAACAUUUCAACAGACUUUCAUUUCACUCUGAAAGUGAGUCAGACCAUGUUACAUUUCAUGGCAUUUGAUAUAUGUAUGCCAGUAUUUGAAGCUGAUUUUUUUUCUGAAUCUGGUAACCCCCUCCUAAAUCUGAUUAUGAACUGUGAUCUUCGCUCUUUAAUACAUACAGUACACCAAUAUCAGCAAUUUCCUGAGUGUCCUGAUUGCGCAAACAUUUCAAGAGCACUUCUGUAUAUGUUAUCCCAGAGUACCAAGAGGCGCAUUACAUUUCUCUCAAAGUCUGAGAUACACAGUGCGCUGUAAAUUAUUCAAGCAUAUUAUCGCAGCCUCAGACUGGAACAUGGAGACACUGUUCCUAAUACCUCCAGCUCUUAUUUAGCUACUGUGAGAGAGUUGUGUAGUUGUGAUGUUCAAUAUAUUGAUCAAAGUGUAUUUUAUAAGGUGCUUAUGAUGAAAAACUUUUAGUGACGGGUUCCUCUAAGAAAAAUGGCAGCUGUUGAAAUUAUCCCUGUGUAGGAAAAUAUAGUGCCACUGAAAUCUGAAAAGUAGGCUACUCUGCACUCAGGCUUUGUAAAUCUAUCUGUAUCAUAAGCCACAAUUAGUGCAGCACAAUGCAAGUUUAACUGUUUUUAAUUUGUUUUAUUUUUUACAUCUUAACCUAUGAGUGAUAUACCACAAUUUUGUAAACUUGUGAGCUUCUGUAUUUAUUUUAAUUUAACACAUUUUGAAACUGUU